GGGCGCGGCUUGUAGAUGUCAAACUCCACUCGGUUGCGGCCAUGCGCAAAUGGACCCAGAGGAGGGCCGUCUACAUAAAAUCCCUGCCGGGGGGCGGGGGUCUCCAUUCACUGCUUAACAGACAACUUAAACCAGCAGCUGGAGGUCCGAUCUAUCUUUCUGGCAUAUAAUCAACCGAGGAACACUUUAUAAAAGCGCCUUGGAGCUUCACAACUAGUCCCCUCCUUCUCUCAGGACUCUACGGAUUUAGACGGUGGCGAUGCGGCGGCUGUGUUGCUAACCUCUUUUCUUUCGGUCUUUUAUUUUCAAAUUGUCGCCGGUUCUACCUCGGGUGAAGACCCCAUUAAGGAUGAAGCUGAAACCCAACCAGACCAGGACGUACGACGGCGACGGUUUCAAGAAGCGAGCGGCGUGCCUGUGCUUUAAGAACGAGCGCGAAGACGAGGUGUUGUUGGUCAGCAGCAGUCGGCACCCGGAUCAGUGGAUCGUCCCCGGAGGAGGGAUGGAGCCUGAGGAGGAGCCUUGUGGGGCGGCGGUGCGGGAAGUCUUUGAGGAGGCUGGUGUCAAAGGCAAGCUAGGACGUCUGCUUGGCGUGUUUGAGCAAAACCAAGAUCGGAAGCACCGGACGUACGUCUACGUGCUGACCGUUACCGAGACGUUGGAGGCGUGGGAGGACUCGGUCAACAUAGGCCGCAAGCGCGAAUGGUUCACGGUGGACGAGGCCAUCAAAGUGCUGCAGAGCCACAAGCCCGUCCACGCCGAGUACCUGCGACGGCUGCAGCAGCUCCAGCUCAGCUGCUCGCCCACCAACGGCAACUCCAUCCUGGCCGGCCCGCCGGCCAACGACAACUACCCGCACUACAGCGCCACGGCCACCACGCCCUCCACGGGCAGCAUGCUGGCCUCCUCCCGCAGAUAGGACCCCCCACCCUGUUGCAUUUUUAUUCUUUUUUUUUUUUGUACAGCCUCGCAUGGAACCAGGACUCUCUUCAACCAGUAUGUAAAUAGUGUUAACUGCUGGACGGACCAAAGCCAUUGCCAGAACUUGAGAAGGACUCACGUGACUGAGCGCUCACAUGGCAAAGCGCAUGCAGCCAACUCGCCCAUUUUUUUUUUUUUCUCAGCGUGACGAGCAGGGAGGACGCCGCGGACUCUGCUGGCAUGCCUUACAGUACUUUGAAUGUUUCUGUUCCCUUUUGGCGCGUGCUCUGUGGUCAACAAACGCAAAGCAUGACCGUGCGGAGAAUGUUCUGAGACACAAAGGUGGCUUACGGCGCACGGUGGCGACAUCGGCCACAUUGAAGGCGCUCGCUUUCUUCGUUUUUAAUUAAUUUUUUUUUUUUUAAAUUCAGUCGUAUUUAAAAAGUCACCACGGGUUGGCGUUAAAGGCCGGAUGUUACACUGCAGAGUAUUAAGGCCAUGCUGGAAAACAUUUAAAAAAGUCAUAAUUUGCGAAUAAAUCUGUCAUUUUAGUGAGGGAAAAGCUCGUAAUGUUCCAGGAAUUAAAAAUAAAAAAACACUUCAAAAAAAGUUGGAGCCCUAUCAAAAUAAAAUUGUCAUAAUUCAUUACAAAAUGAUAGAAAUGCUGCAUCGUUUGUGCCGAAUGCUAAUUAUGUUGUAAGAAAAAAGGAGGUUUGUUUUAAAAAACAAACAUCAUAAGAGUGAAGAGAAAAAAAAGAUUAUUGGGAGUCGUUGGUGGCCAGUUCAAAGGUCACGCCAGGCUAUGCACGCCGUCUGUGAAUUGCUACCUCAGUCCAAGUAAACCAAGCGGACGAGCCGGAGACGCUGUCCGCUGACAACACCGUCGCGCUCGUCGUUACAUUUUCGCCAAAGCGCCCGCCGAUAACAAUGAUGAUUUCUCACGAUGAAAAAGUCGCCCGGUUCCCACCUUUCAAACCGUUCGAAGGUCUCUGCAGUAUAAAAAAUGCGCGCGUUUAACCGCGGGGGCUGCUUCCCGCUCGAGCGUUUUUACGCACGCACACCUUUAUAGAUGGUACACUCUAGCUGCUCUUGUUUUUAUGAUCCGGUGUUGCCCAGGGAGGCCUUGAUUGAGGUGCUCGAGUCUUCUCAGGCACCUGAUCCACUUUCUGCCAAAAAUAGAAGUCAAAACAUAAAAACGGAAGGGUGUAACGUUGCUUCUGCCGACGGCUGAAUGACGACGCUCGAAUUAGUCCAUGCCUUUGGAAACGUAUCGGAAAUUGCUUAUUUUUUCUUUCCUUUUCUUUUUUUUUAAACCUGAAUGAACCUGUACUUAGUUUUGUAUCUUUUUAAUGAUGUACAAAUAACUGGAGAACCCAGCACCCCCCUCUGUAUACUUGGUACAGUCCAGAGGAUGUGUCACAUUAAAACUCACUCAAGCCGUUAAUGGAAUAACAAUUGCCUUGAAUCCAAACUCUGGUAGAACCGGAGGAAAAAUCCUUUUCAUUUUUUGCACAGUAUCGAAACGUCACGAAAAUGUUUGUGUGAAAGUGCUGUUACGGAAUGCGAGUCAUGUGCCAAAUAUGAACAUUUCCUCCAGACGAAUAUAUAUGUUUAAAAAAAAACACUUAAUGAUUGAAUAAUGUGAAAAAAAAGUGUGGUGUGUUGACUGUACUGUUGAACUUGUGACUCAUGAAUGACUUCUAUCUUGUAAUAUUAACGCAUUGUACAUUUAAAUUAAAUCCCCUCGCAU